ACUGGACUAGAGACAGCAAUGGCGUUCGCGGCGACCAAGCCGAGCAAGUCUCCCCUUCUCAUCCUCCUCGUCUCCGGCGUCGCGUUCCUGCUCCUCGCCUCCGCCGCCGAGUGCUACGGCGGCGGCCGCCACGAUGUGACGCGGUCGGCCGUGGCGCGGCGCUCCGGCGUCGGGAGCCGGCGGCAGUACGUGCGCCACCGCCUGACCGGCGGCGCCGUGGACGUUCCGCACAGGUACAUGCUCGCCGAGAAGGGCAGCAACUCGACUCGCGCUAACCACACCUCGCCGGCGGCGUCGAACUCGACGCCGUCAGCGACGACGACGGAGGCGCCGGCGGCGGGGAAGCACCACCGCAGCCACAAGCACCGGGUGCGGAACUGGAUCAUCGGGUUCGUGGUCGGGUCCCUCGCCGGCGUCGUCUCCGGGCUGGCGAUGUCGGUGCUGUUCCGGAUGGCGCUCAACUGCGUUCGGGGGGGGUACCGGAGCAAGUCCGACACGGUGAUCUUCAUCCCGAAGCUGAUCAAGAGCAAGGAGCACCUGGCGUUCCUGGAGAAGGACCAGGACGGGCUGGCGUCGCUCGCCGUGAUCGGGCGCGGCGGCUGCGGCGAGGUGUACAAGGCGCAGCUCCCGCCGGAGCGGGAAGGCGACGCGCCGCGGUUCAUCGCCAUCAAGAAGAUCAAGAAGCGCUCCGGCGACGGCUCCGGCGGCCAGAACAACAACCUGAGCGACGAGGAGAGCCGGCAGCUUGACAAGUGGACGCGGCAGAUCCAGUCGGAGAUCCGCACCGUGGGCCACAUCCGCCACCGCAACCUCCUCCCGCUCGCCGCCCACGUCCCGCGCCCCGACUGCCACUACCUCGUCUACGAGUUCAUGAAGAACGGCAGCCUCCACAACGCGCUCAAGGCCACCACCACCGACACCACGACGAACGACUACAACGACAACAACAGCGGCGAGCAUCCGCCGCCGUCGCCGGCGCUGCCGUGGCCGGCGCGGCUGCGGAUCGCGGUGGGGAUCGCGGCGGGGCUGGAGUACCUGCACGUGUCGCAGCGGCCGCAGAUCAUCCACCGCGACCUGAAGCCGGCGAACAUCCUCCUGGACGACGACAUGGAGGCGCGGAUCGCCGACUUCGGCCUCGCCAAGGCGAUGCCCGACGCGCACACCCACAUGACGACCUCGAACGUGGCCGGGACGCUGGGGUACAUCGCGCCGGAGUACCACCAGACUCUCAAGUUCACGGCCAAGUGCGACGUGUACAGCUUCGGCGUCAUCCUGGCGGUGCUGGGCACCGGGAAGGAGCCGACGGACAAGUUCUUCGCGCAGCAGGUGGUGGACGACGUCGGGAUCGUGCGGUGGCUGCGGCGGGUGAUGCAGGAAGGGGACCCCGCCGCGCAGGCCGGGGUCAUCGACGCCGCCAUCGCCGGCGCGGGCCACGACGAGCAGAUCCUCCUCGUCCUCCGCAUCGCCGUGUUCUGCACCGCCGACGACCCCAAGGACCGCCCCACCGCCAAGGACGUCCGCUGCAUGCUCUCCCAGAUCAAGAACUAGCAAGCAAAUUGCUCGUGCUUCGCGUGCGCGAGGCGUCGUGAAUUCUGCCGUGUUAGGCAGCAAGCGUGUCCACGGAUUCCUCAGUGUGGAAUACUGGUAGUGCUUAGUGCUGGACUUGUUGGGUCGUCGUCGAUCAGGUCAAAGGUGGGUGGGGCCCAGUUGAUAGGGACCGUGGCACAAUUAUUUAUAGCGGGAAAGGGAAGUCAGUGAACGACGCUGUGCUUGCCGUGUUUACACAAGUGCUGCGCUUGUUAAUUAAGUGAACAGUAUAUACACAGGAGGAUUAGACUAAUGAAUGUGUUUGGUAGGUUAAUUUAUGAAUGGAUGGUGUGUUGACGGUUCUUAAUAUGAUUAUCUUGACUUAUUCCAAA